ACAAUUCUUUAGAGAAAAAGAACAAUUUGAAAUUAUUGGUUUCUUUUAUACUCCUUGGUACAAAUUAUGAAUUAUUGUUGGUUAUAAACGCUUUUCUCAGUUUAUGUAGAGGAAUAAUUAGUUUCCGUAAAACAUUUUCCGGUAUUUUAUUAUUUUAUCUACGGAAAAGUCGUGAUGCAAGAUGGCGACAGAACGCACGUGCCUCAAGGAGGAUCCAGUGAGGCUGGAGCCGUGUGACGGAGGGUUGUCGAGCGUGAAGGAGGAGGUCAAGAGUGAAGACGAGGCAGAUUGGAGUACUGCUCCAGCCAUGACUGUGACAGGGCCCAGCAUCAAGGUGAAGCAGGAAAUGACCUUCGAAGAUGGUGUAUUGAUCGGACAGCUGGAAGGAACUUUCUCACUUGCAGGUUGUAACUAUUUUUUUUUUUCCUUACCCAAGUCGUUAAUUAUAGAGGCUGUUUGCCCAGCAUUAAGAAUAACAUAUGACUAUGUGUGUGAGGUGUGCUGUGUAGGCAAAACAUUAUUAAAAUAUAAACUUUAACCUUGAAUAUAUAGACACUCAGUUCCUAACCUAGGAAUUGAGGACAUAGCUGCUCACCCGAGGCUGUUUGUAGUGGACGCCACCACGUGAGUGGGCACGUGGACCCGGCUGAGACUCCCGGUCAGGGCGUUACGUGGCCCGUGUGGGGCGAGAUAUUAGUCCUCUAAUUUAUCGAGCUAAUUUAUUAAGGUAUGGCCUGCUCUAGGCGUGUGGCCCGCCAUGCUGAUCAGCAUACACGGAUACCACGGGGUGGUGCCAUGUGGCCACACGUCUCGGAUGACGAAGAGGAACUGGGGCGAGCAGCAGGCAGCUUCCCGCCGGAACAAAACCAUUAUUCUUAUUAUAUGAUCUCGCACCAAGGGUCAUUUUUUAAGGAAGUGACAAAAACUCUUAUAAUUUAUACAAUCCCUCAUCCUGGCUCAUAACCAUAAAUAUAUAUUAUUACAUAAAUAAUUAUUGUUUUUAUUGUUUUUUGGUUAUGUCGUACUGCCGCUAAGCGCCCUCUUGCGGUAGUCCGUGCCGCACAAUUUGAUCACACGCAUGUCUACAUACGUCAGCGGUACGAAUGCCAGGAAGGAGGCAAACUGGACAGUGGAGUCAGAACAGACUUACGUCGUCCGGGUCUGACAGCCGCGAACCACGCCAUGUACGCGGGAGCUGACGUAACCAUCACCAUGGAGGAGCCCUGCGACCGCUGCGGAAAACCAUACACCAACAACAGCUGCGCUGAGCACGGACGAAGCAGUGACUUGUGCAAGCAGGAAGGGGGGACCGUGGUUGCAAGAGACACGGAACCAGCCGUGAAUGAUCACGAGAUGACAGCACAGUCCAGUCGCUCAUUUCAGCCGGCUCAUUUGGAGAUGUUGAGACCGAGUGUGGAGGAGAAAGGCACAGAAACAAAACAGUCAGUGAAUCUCAAGGGAAGUGCAUCUGUGAUUCCCAACAAAAUCAGUGGUAAACACAACAAUGGGAGUCCCUUCACAUGUUCAGUAUGUUCUGCUACAUACACUUCCCAGGGUAUUCUUAAUAGACACUUUUUGAAACACACUGGAGAGAGACCAUUUGCAUGUUCAGUAUGUUCUGCUACAUUUGCUGAAAAGAGUUGUCUUCGUAGACACUGUAUGAAACACACUGGGGAGAGGCCAUUCUCAUGUUCAUUAUGUUCUGCUACAUUCAAUCGAAAGGGUGUUCUUAGCAGCCACUUUAUGAAACACACUGGUGAGAGACCAUUCUCAUGUUCAUUAUGUUCUGCUACAUUCAAUCGAAAGGAUGCUCUUAGCAGCCACUUAAUGAAACACACUGGUGAGAGACCAUUCUCGUGUUCAUUAUGUUCUGCUACAUUCAAUCGAAAGGAUGCUCUUAGCAGCCACUUAAUGAAACACACUGGUGAGAGACCAUUCUCGUGUUCAUUAUGUUCUGCUACAUUUGCUGAAAAGAGUUUUCUUCGUAGACACUGUAUGAAACACACUGGGGAGAAGCCAUUCUCAUGUUCAUUAUGUACUGCUUCAUUCACUCAAAAUAGUUAUCUGCGUAGACACUCAAUCAUACACACUGGUGAGAGACCAUUCGCAUGUUCAGUAUGUUCUGCUAUAUUUGCUGAAAAGAGUAAUCUUCGUAGGCACUGUAUGAAACACACUGGGGAGAGGCCAUUCUCCUGUUCAUUAUGUUCUGCUACAUUCAAUCGAAAGGGUGCUCUUAGCAGCCACUUUAUGAAACACACUGGUGAGAGACCAUUCUCAUGUUCAUUUUGUUCUGCUACAUUUGCUAAAAAGAGUGAUCUUCGUAGACACUCAAUGAAACACACUGGUGAGAGACCAUUCUCAUGUUCAUUAUGUUCUGCUACAUUCACUCAAAAGAGUCAUCUUUGUAGUCACUUUAUGAAACACACUGGUGAGAGACCAUUUUCAUGUGCUCUGUGUUCAGCUAAGUUUGCUGAAAAGAGUAAUUUGAGGAUUCACAUUAAGACAGUACACUUAGCUGUGCAGGCUUUUACAAGCAGUUAGCAACAGAAAGGAAAACAGCAAAUUGUGGCAAUUGAAAUGUUUUAGUAAAUACCUUUUAAAAAAAAAAGUAGUGAUUUUUUUCCAUAAUAUUUGACUAGAUUUUGUGUUAUUUAAAAUGGAUAUAAUGGCAGGAUAAUACUUUAUGUUUCGCAUUUGAAUCAUUUUAGUGUUUUGUCAUUAAUGAACGGCAAACACUUGUUGCUUAUUUUGAAAGUAUAUUUUCUUUGCAUAAGUUAAGUUAAAUUUUUUGAGUUCUAAACAAUUAUGUAGAACCUUUGAAAGUGGCAAAAAUAUUACCGAAACACCCAAAUAAACUGUUCACAAUUUUUAGUAAAAGUGUUGAAAUAGCGCGGUGUGCAGUUUUUUCAAAACUUGAGGAUGCCGCAUGGCAACACUGCAUAGCACAGAUUACAUCAAGCUGCAAGGUUGCCGUGGUUCACCUGUUGUUGCAUAAUGAAUGGACAACGGACAGCUUGAACGGGAUUUGUUAGUGUGUGAUCAUGUGAGAAUGACGUUGAAAUACAGUAGAGUACCGGUACAACGUACCUCAUUAUAACGUAUAUUUCACUUUAACAUAUUUUUUUUAAGUGCCCGCCAAAAAUCGUAUCUUCAUCAUGCAAAACAGUUUCAGUUUAAAGUAUCAUAUUUUCACUAUAACUUAUAAAUUCUACUAGUAGCGUGGCAUUACUACACCAAAAUUUACUUAAACUGGUAAUUGAAUUUCCAGCCAAAUGAUUAAUGUUGUAGAACAAACAUACACAAAUACCACCGCAACGUAUUUUCUAACCUCUAAACCCUCAAAACAAAGUUCAAAAACUGUUGCGCGCACUACCAUAGAUUAUACCGUACGUAGUAUGCGACGUGAGCAACACGACACCAUUCGAUACAUCGAAAUACGGAAGUUUGAGAGAAGUAUUUAUUUUUUAGACAAAAGUGUUACGCUACGCUAAAAAUACUGUUUGAUGUCUGUGCCGGGAUUGUUUAUUGUUAUUGUUGAGUUUAUUUUCAGGUUACGUUAUUUAGACACCGCAUUGUAUUUUUGCUACAAUAUGAGUGAUCCUGGAGAUAAAAAGAAACGAAAGCAAUUCACGCUUAAGGAAAAAGUGGAAAUACUCAGAGAACUAGACAAGGGGGAAAAGCAAGUCGCAGUUGCGAAGACAUAUGGCAUUGCGGCUCUCCUGUAGCUAUUUAUAUUUAUAUUUAUUUAUUUUUAUAUAUAUAUAUAUUUAUUUAUUUAUUUAUUUAUUUAUUUAUUUCUCUUUGUUAAGAUGAUAUGUAUGUAUGUUUCAGUACUAAGUACUUUCAGUACUAAGUACAAAAACUUGAGGUCCUUGUAAGUACUUAGUACUGAGAUUCUACUGUAAUUACAGAAUAUUUGGGGUUUUGUUCACAUACGCUUGCUUAAAAAUUUCUAAAACAUACUUAAGAUUUGGGAAAUUAUGCUGCAGGAAGAAAGUUCGCUCUCUAUGUGAGAGAAGGAAAAAAAUUAAUAUUGAGUGAUGGUAGUAUUAUAAUAAUUAUUUUAAUUUUAUAAGUGAGCAUUUGUUGUGUCUGCUUCUUCAGCAAUUUCCCAAAUUAAUUUGGUUGCAUUUUUUGUAACAUAGCAUUUAAACUGUGCCAUAAUUUUAAGGGGCUAGUGCAUUUUACCAUUCCAUAACAUUACUAAUGUUUUCAGCAAGAUGGCGUCGCUUACAUCAUUACCACCCCUUCAUUCUUAUGUGACAAGUGCGGGAAAUUGGGGUUUUAAGCAGAGAAGUAUAAACACACUAUUUCUCAGAUAUUGCAUUUUUUGAAUAUUAUGUUUUAUAUGUAUCGUAAACAUCACUAUAAUCUCCUCUUGCUCUAGACUAUUUUGCAAUACUGAAAAUUCAUUAUCAAAGACACUAUUUCUGUAAAUGAUUUUAAUUACAUUGGUAUUGUGAAUCAUAACUACAUGACCUAUUUAUUGAAGAACUUCAUGAUUCUGAAAAAUAAAACUUGUGGGAGACGUGAAUUAUAGAUAAUUAAAACCAGUAUCGUUAAAUACACUACAACGGGUGAGACUGUAGUCUACUUCUCUAUUCCUAGAAAAUAUUUCAUUACCAAACAAUCAAUGUCUGUAGACAUUAUGAAUUACUGUUGUAUGGUGAAAUAUUACAGCGCACCCUAUGUAUGAGAAAUCUUCAUGAUACUGAAAUUUUAAAGGCGCGGGAAUAGUGAAUUACAUUGAAUUAAAAAGUUAUCUCAAAAUACAGUUGACCGGGCGGGACUUUAGUGUACUUCACGAUACCGUGAAUAUUUUUGCUAUUAGUUAUUACUAUCAAUAAAUUAUUUACUGGUAUUGCAAAAUACAAUAGACAGGUUGGGACUUUAGUCUUCUUACAAUCUAGCAAAUAUAUUUCCUAUAAAUUCUUAUUUUCAAUAUAUUAAUUAUCAAUAUCUCAAAAUAUACUAUUCUGGGUGAGGACUGUAGUCUACUUCACGAUACCAUGAUUUAUUUUUCCUAUAAAAAUCUUUUUUUCAAAUAUUUCUUCCCCGUUUUAAUACAUACAAUAGACCGGGUGGAACUGCAUUCUACUUCAUUAUAACUGUAAUUUUUUUAAAUGAUUUCUUUUAACAAUUUAAUUACCAGUAUUGCAUUAUAGACCACAUGGGACUGUAUUUUACUUCAUGAUACCCAUUAAUUUUUAGUUUUGAAACAUCUUAUUUCUAAUUAAAGGAAUACUGGUAUCAGAAAUUACACUCAGUCUACAUCAUACCAUGAAGGUUUUUUUUAUUAUAAUAUUAUUACUUUCCAUAAUUUAUUUGCAAAGGACUAUAGUUUGCUUCACAAAAUUGAUCAAAUUUUAUUGGAAAAUGUCUCCCUUUCACCACUUUAAAUUAUAGUAUCCCUAAAGAAUAGAGUUUGAUAUUAAAUCUACUUUAUGAUUACCUAAACCUUCAUCUCCCUUAAAUUAAAUACACUUCUGUCACCUAACAUAUAAUCAGAGCUGGGCAGUAUCGAAAAUACAAGUAGUUUUAUACGUAUUUUCGAUAUUUUUGGGUAUUUUGUAUUUUGUAUCAGUAGAAAGUUAUGUCUCAGUAUUUUAUAUUUUGUAUCUAAAAUACUUUUGAAGUGCAUUUACUGUAUUUUGUAUUUUAUAAAAUACAAAAUAUAUUGUGUACUUGCAUUUAUAAAACAUCUAAUUUAUUUGCUGGAUAUUAUAAUUUUGGAAAUUAGGAUUGGCUAUUUAUUUGAAAUCUGGCACUAGUGAGUGAUAUCAUUGAACAGAAACGGUAUCACAGAUUUUACAAAUUUCUGUCUUAUCACGUAUGUUCAUGAAGCUGAGUUAAUGUUCAUUUAUGUCGAUGACAGUCUUACGACAUCUAAAGAUCCACUGAUUCUUCCUCAACAUUUGAGAUGCGCAUCUCAUACACUAAAUCUCGUUGCAACAACAGAUAUCAAUAAGGCCAUUGAAAGCAAUCCAUCAAUUUCGAGGAUUCGUCACCCAACACUGGCCAAGUGUUCUACUUUAUGGAAUGCCUCAGGCCGACCAAAAUCGGCUGAAAUAAUAUUUUCUAUCCUAGGACAUAAACUUAGUUAUCCUUGUGUUACCAGAUGAAAUUAUAUGUACGAUUCUAUCUGCCAGAUUAUACAAUUUCAAAAAAAAAUUACCAGAAGUUUUUGAAUCACUAAAAUUGAAAUGCACCAUUAAAGACAUAUUUAGCCCUCUUGCUGCUGCUCUUGACCGCGUACAGGGAGAUGGCUGCUAUUAUGGCCAAUUACUACCAACACUUUUUACAUUGGUUAAAAAGUUUGAAGAACUAGAACUCCAAACUUUCAGACUUGGUGCACAUCUUUUGCAAGCUGUGAAGACAUCAGUUUUGAAAAGAUUUGAGAAAUAUUUUGAAUUAACUUCAGAGGUAAAUGAAGCCAUUAUUGCAACAUGUGCACAUCCAUACUUCAAAUUGCAUUGGUUACCUGCAACUGAAACUAAUGAAAGCACGAGAAAACGGAUCCAAGAGGUUCUAACAGUGGCUGCAAAGGACAUAAACCCACUGAGAGAUGACAAGAACAGUUACACACCAGCAGAAGAUGAUUGGUUUGCAUUCCAUGUCAAUACAAAUAAUGAAUCAAGUGUUGCACAAACAAACAAAAUUGAACUUGAGUUAUUACAAUACUUACAAGAUAAGGCUACCCACACGAGUAUGCUAGAUGGUUAUCCAGUGGUGCGAAAGCUUUUCUUACUAUAUAAUACAAGUUUAACCUCUAGUGGUCGUGUUGAAAGGUUGUUUUCAUUUGCAGGUAUAAUACACAACCAUAAACGCCACAGCUUGAGUGACACAAUGAGAGACUGGUUUGUUUUAAAGGGAAUUCAUCCUUCGUUGCUCACAAAAAUGUUGCAUGUAUUUUGUAAUUUCAUCUGUAUUUUAAAAUACUAUUUUGUAUCUAAACUAAAUUUUAUUUUGAGUAUUUUGUAACUGUAUUGUUAUAAAUGUACACAAGUAUUUUGUAAUUUGUAUUUCAAAUACAUUUUCAAAGUAUUUUGCCCA